AGAUGGCGCCCCCCCGGAGGACCCCUCGCUGCUCUUCCCGGACCUAGACCAGCAGCUGCAGCCUCUGCCGCCCCGACAUGACUCCCUGGAGUCCAUGCAGGUCUUCAAGCAGCACUGCCAGAUCGCCGAGGAGUACCACGAGGUCCGCAAGGAGAUCGCGCUGCUCGAGGAGCGGAAGCAGGAGCUCCUUGCCAAGCUGGCGCAGGCGGAGGAGGAGAAGGGGGAUGCCGCCCAGCUGGCCCGCGAGUUCGAGGCGCUGACGGAGGAGAACCGCACCUUGAAGCUGGCGCAGUCCCAGUGCGUGGAGCAGCUGGAGAAACUCCGCAUCCAGUACCAGAAGCGGCAGGGCUCGUCCUGGGGCAGGUCCCCCCCCCCCCCC